UAAAAGAUGUAUUACCUCACUGUAAAGUGUUACCAAACACAUUGAGUUAUUAUAAACCAGGUUUAAAAGUAUUUUAUCAACUAUCAAGUUUUUAUGUGUGCUGGAGAAUACUUUUGUCCUUCAGUUCAUUGUAAUUUGGGCGAAGCUUCAAAGAUCCAGGAUAGGGUGUUAAUCUUGGCUGAGACAACAGUGGAACUAACAGGUUAUAGAGGCAGAUAAGCUUUAUAUCCUUACUAUGACACCACAGACAAAGACUCUGUGCAUUUUUAUCAUGCAGCUCUGAUGUUUUUAUAUUUGAUUUGAUCUGCUCACCCAAACAGCUUUAGGCAUUGGACUGCUGACUCAUGUGAGUUUUGUUUGGUUGUAGAGCAAAAAAUCUCAAUAUUCAAUAUAUAAUCAAAAAGGUCAAUAGGUCUUUGCAUUACAAAACUUUCAAACUCUUUUUCGUCUUCCUUCUUUGACCAUGCGUUCCACCCUAGAAUUGAAUUGCCCUAAUGUGUUCUAUUGAUGUUAUGGUCCCAGUUCCUCAAGGUUAUUUGGACAAAUAUGUCUCAGCUGGGCUGAACUUUGUUGACUUUGUGAAGCCGAGUUGCCCUUGGAUCCAUGGCAGGUUAAACAUUAACCGAUCUACAUUUGCUCUGUCCCACCCACCUACAUCUGUUACUCUCCGUCCGGAAUAUUCUUAAACCAAAUGGAUUUAUUUUGAACAAUAAUCAGAUGCUUUGUGGUGGUCUGCCUCUUAACUAACAGGGGAGCUCUGUCGAGUCGGCGGAGUUCUUCGACAUGCUGGAAAGGAUGCAGGAUGACUACAUCCCAUACCCCCGGAUUGAGGAUGUCCUGGAGAAGGGUGGUCCCUACCCUCAGGUCAUUUUACCUCAGUUUGGUGGAUACUGGAUUGAGGAUCCCGAGGCUCCAGUUGGGACGCCCACGUCCUCAGACAGCAGCUUCUGUGAGGAGGAUGAUGAUGGUCUGAGUCCUGGUGGAGGAGGAGGCUUCGGCUACAGGCUGGAGUGUAACAGCACCUCACGCGCUUACCGCAAACACUUUCUGGGCAAGGAGCACAUGAACUAUUACUGCACAGCCAGUAGUAUGGGACACCUCAUAAUGUCUCUCAAAUAUGAAGAGGCAGACGGACAGGAGUCACUCCGCAUCAUGCUCAGGUCAAAAACAAAGACCCUUCAUGAGCGAAUCCCACUUGAAGGUCUUCUCCAGCUUCCAAGCGUACCACAGAUAGCCAAGCUGCUCUGCGAUGAUGUCACGGGUCUAAAGUUCAACCCCGUCCUCUACCCUAGGGCCUCGCAACUGAUCGUCAGUUUUGAUGAGCACGAAGUGAACAACACUUUCAAGUUUGGAGUCAUCUAUCAGAAGUUUGGUCAGACAUCAGAGGAAGAGCUGUUCGGGAACAAUGAGGAGACGCCUGCCUUUGCUGAAUUCCUCAAUGUUUUAGGAGACAAUAUUGAACUGCAGGAUUUUAAAGGGUUCAGAGGCGGUCUGGAUGUGUCUCACGGACAGACAGGAUCUGAGUCCGUCUAUACUACGUUCCGUCAGAGAGAAAUCAUGUUUCACGUUUCCACAAAACUCCCCUUUACAGAAGGAGACGUUCAGCAGCUCCAGAGGAAGAGACACAUUGGCAAUGACAUUGUCGCAGCCGUCUUCCAGGAAGAGCCCACACCAUUCGUACCUGAUAUGAUCGCUUCCAACUUCCUUCAUGCCUAUGUGUUAGUGCAGGCAGAAAACCCCUGCACUGAUCACACCACGUACAAGGUGUCCAUCACAGCACGAGAGGAUGUUCCUCCGUUCGGCCCCCCUCUUCCAAACCCUUCAGUCUUUAAGAAGGGUCCUGAGUUCCGGGAAUUUCUCCUGGCAAAACUGAUCAAUGCAGAAAAUGCAUGCUACAAGUCAGACAAGUUCGCCAAGCUAGAGGAGAGGACACGGGCAGCACUGUUAGAUAACCUUCACGAUGAACUGCACAGACAGACACAAGCCACAGUAGGAUUGGGCACAGCUUCAGAUGAAGAAAAGCUAGAAAAUGGAGGUCAUGGUGGGCUUCUGGAGUCCUUUAAGAGAGCCAUGCGUGUGAGGAGCCAUUCCAUGGAGACAAUGGUGACUCAUAAACACAAGAGUCCAGGAGCCGUGGCAGGCGUCCCGUCCAGCGUCAGCGGCGGAGGACUCCCACAGAACAGCAUGGAGUGUACCAAGAGCACCUUCACUCCUCCAGUGCUGUCUGCAAAGUCUCCAUUAAAGAGUCCCGUUAAGCGGCGCUCUGGUUUGUUCCCCAGACUGCACUCCAGCACAGAAAGCCCAACUGAGAAACAUCCAACUCGCAGCAGUGACCAAAAAACUGAAGUGUUCCCACACUCACAGGAAGUGAGGUCAGAGACGCCGUCCAAUCCGAGUUCACCAGAGAUCUGCCCAAAUAAAGAAAGGCCAUUCGUGAAGCUGAAAGAGUGUAGCGGCAGAGCUAAUAUCUCUAUCUCCCGAUCCUCCUCCAGCACCAGCAGCUUCAGCAGCACAGCGGGGGAUGGAGAUGGACUGGAGGAGCUGGAAAUGAGCAGUCACCCAUCCACGGCUUCAAGUGUGUACAGUCCGGCUCUCAGCGUGGAAAGCCAGAACUCCGGAACGCCGCUGAUCAUGUGCCGCAGUCCCACAGAUGGAAAGAGCAAAACUUCACCAAGGUCAAACUUGAAAUUCCGCUUCGACAAACUGAGCCACUCCACAGGUCAUUAGGUCAGACAGAAGGCACUGCAUGGAGAAAAGGCAGUGACUAUGAAUGAAGAAAAGGGGACCAUUUUCUCUAGACAAUGCAACAGUUAUUACUGUUCAACAUAUUACACAACUGAACACUAGUUAAGAACUGAUCCUGCAAUCUCUCAUGAAAAGGGUUUAGAGGACACCAGUCUUAGUAGAAAAAGCAACAAAUGUCUCUGUUUUUCCAACAUUUUAAAUAUAGUGCUCAAACAAGUGUUGAAAACUGUCCUUGCUGCAAUUGCUUUCUAGACAGAUGCUCAAUGUUAACACAGCCACUUGAAAUACUUGAACAAUACAGUCAUUAAAUGUUCCAAGAGAGGAGAACUACUUAUAAGCACCUGUACAGCCACUAUGCUCCGUCUGUUGCAGAGAAUACGGGUCAUUUUGAGUCUUGUAACACAUCGCCCAUCAGUGUAAGCCUUAAAAUACUGUACACUUUAGAGAACUAGCUCUGCUGAGAAAUGAGUUAGUUCUGUUAUUUUCGAGUGAUGUGAGAAGAGGGAAAACUGUUUCCUGAGGGUAACGAAAGAGGAAGAUUUACCAGAGUUUAUUUGUGCUAGAAAGGAAAGGUUUUGACAAAAAAACAUGGCAUUGCGUGGAUGAUGAAGACACAUUUUAUUAUAUUUUUUAAAGCAAAACUCCAUUCAGUGUACAUUUAGUUCUCAGAAUAAAGACUUUACAGUAAACUUGUUGGCAGCUACUGCUAACUUAAAAAAAUGUUACUUAUAUAUAUAUACAAAUUAUUCACUUCAAGUUUAUUUUGAGCUCUCAAGCACACUUAAAGCAGAGACGCAUCAACAUGGUUCUUCUUAUGUUCAGACUUGUGGAUGUACAAAAAUUAAUUUCCAUUUUUGUAAAUGCACCAUUAUUCAACCAUGGCUGACAGAAUCAUUUUUUGAAGGAUUUUUUUUUUUUUUUUUAAUUAUGUGUUAUUUAUUUACAAAUGUGUGUGUGUCUCUCCUCAUUCCUCAUGAAUCGGUUGUUAGUUUUCAGCGGUACGUAUUGGUGAGGGUAUUCAACUGCAGAGAGUGAGUUAAAUAUUCUUGUACAAUAGUGAGAACUUUCACAUAAAAUGUGCUGGCAUAUAUGUUUGUACUGCCAUAAUUUAUUGCUUUUAAAAGUUGUUGAUGUUACGUAAAAAAAAUUACAGAGUCAAACAAAAAUAAUUUAAAAGAUAAUUUAACAGAUUAUGUAUAUGUAUAUUUGGUUAUGGCAUGUGCCAUUAAGAAUUUAUUAUAAAAUAAAAUGUAUUUUGUGUCAAA